AUGAUCACAGAAAUGACGACUAGCUCCGUUCUGCCUACUGGGGGUGGAAAGAUAAAACGUCCGAGUUUCAAAUCCCGUGGCAGGUGCUGGAUCGAACAUCAACCGAACAGGGAGCUUCAAGGGCUACCAGACGAUCCGGGUGUCGGUGCCGUCCACCAUGGUCGCCGAACUGGCGUCAAAGUUCAACGCGGUGGUGGUGGACGCCAACCAGGGGGACUCAAUGCAGGACAUCAUGAAAAAAGUGAACAAAACGCUAGCAAAAGGGUCUACAACCAGGACAAAGGUCACUACAGUCCGGGAAAAAGGCGUCGUGGUACGGGCCACGGUCGAGAAGUUCGAGUCGACCUCGCAAAAGAAGCGUUGUAUCAACCAGAUGGUCGUAGUGCGGACCAACUCAAACCAGCGGAUGGCCGCGGAACGUCCUACUGCCAUAAGACAGCCGACAGCUGUAGAAUAUCCCACUGCCAUACAACAGCCGAUUACCGCAGAACAACGGAAAGUCGAAGAUCAUCUGACUUCCGUGGAUUAUCUUACUGCCGUAAAACAGCCGUCUGCCGUGGAACAGAGGAAGAUCACAGAUCAUCUAACUACCGUGGAAGACCAUAUCGCAAUACAACAGCCAACUGUCGUAGAAGAGCGGAACAUCGUAGAUAA